AUUUUUUUUUUUUCUUCUGGGUCUGCCCAAAAUUUGGGGAGUGGAGCUUGAUGUGAUCACUGAUAUUGGGGAGGAAAACCUUAUUGAUUUUGCAAAUGCUAAAUAUUGGUAGGUCCCGAAGUCAGCCAAGGGCAACCCGAGCUAUGUCGUUGGGAGGCAUGGACUAUGCGGAUCCAAAAAGGAAGGGCAAUUAUUUUGGAAAAAUUUUGCUUGCUGCAGCAUUAACAACAUUAUGCAUUAUCAUGAUCAAGAGAUCUCCAUCGUUGAAUUCACCUAGUCCGUUUUCCAUCCGUGAACCAGGGGUCAUUCACGUUUUGGUGACAGGGGGUGCCGGCUAUAUCGGUUCACAUGCCGCUCUGCGACUCCUGAAAGACAAUUACCGUGUCACCAUAGUGGAUAACCUUUCACGUGGAAAUUUGGGUGCUGUGAGGGUUCUUCAAAACUUAUUUUCGGAACCUGGAAGGCUUCAAUUUAUAUAUGCUGACUUGGGAGAUCCAAAAUCUGUUGAUAAAAUAUUCUCGGAGAAUAAAUUCGAUGCUGUCAUGCACUUUGCUGCUGUCGCGUAUGUCGGAGAAAGCACAAUGGAUCCUCUUAAGUAUUAUCAUAAUAUUACAUCAAAUACUUUGUUGGUAGUGGAGAAUAUGGCCAAGUAUGGUGUGAAGACAUUGAUAUAUUCUAGCACAUGCGCCACAUAUGGGGAACCCGAAAAGAUGCCCAUUACAGAAGAAACAGAACAGCAUCCGAUUAAUCCAUAUGGAAAAGCCAAGAAGAUGGCAGAAGAUAUUAUCAUUGAUUUUUCCAAAAAUUCGAAGAUGGCAGUAAUGAUUUUGAGAUACUUCAAUGUGAUUGGAUCUGAUCCCGAGGGCAGAUUAGGUGAGGCUCCAAGACCUGAACUACGUGAGCAUGGUCGUAUUUCAGGUGCCUGCUUUGAUGCAGCUCGUAGUAUUACAUCUGGCUUAAAGGUUAAAGGAACAGAUUAUAAAACACCAGAUGGAACAUGCAUUCGGGAUUAUAUUGACGUAACUGACUUGGUUGAUGCUCAUGUAAAAGCUCUUCAAAAGGCAGAACCUGGUAAAGUUGGGAUCUACAAUGUUGGCACCGGAAAGGGUAGAUCAGUCAAGGAGUUUGUGGAUGCUUGCAAGAAGGCUACCGGGGUGGACAUUAAGGUAGACUAUCUUCCACGCCGGCCGGGUGACUAUGCCGAGGUGUAUAGCGAUCCAACAAAGAUCAGAGUCGAACUGAAUUGGACUGCACAACACACUGACCUCGAGAAGAGUUUGCAGGUUGCAUGGAAGUGGCAGAAAUACCACCGUGACGGUUACGGGAUCGCCUCUGCAAUCUGAAGCAUUCUAGAAAGCUUUUUAGCAUAGCAAACCAUAUCAGCUGCCCCUUUGAUUGCUCUCAUACAUGUAUGUUAGGCUGAUUUUUUGUUCAUAUAGAGAGGGUUGGUAGCUUCAUUCAUUAUUAUACUUACAUGUAAUUCAACCACACAAUGAUUCAAUAAUAUAAUGAAUGCUCUGGCUAAUGCAGCAUUGACCAGAAUUUACUUAAA